AUGAUGUCUGUUGCAAGGGCACGGGCUGCCCGAGUACGCUUAUGCCGGCCGUCGCGAGCUACACCGUUCCAACUGCCUGUUCGAAGCAGCUAUAAUAGCCAGAUAUCGAAACUUCGCUUUAAUACUUCUCAACAAGCUACAUAUCCGCCAACAUUCUUUGCGCGAACGUAUGCCAACGGCCGUGGCCCCCACCCACCAGGCGGUACUCAUCGUAUGGACCUAGGAGGGGGGGAACAGAAAUCCGCGCUCGAGCAGUAUGGUGUCGAUCUAACGGCAAAGGCUAAAUCCGGAAAACUCGAUCCGGUCAUUGGAAGGGAUGCAGAGAUACACAGAACAAUCCAGGUUCUUUCGCGGCGAACGAAAAAUAAUCCGGUCCUAAUCGGCGCCGCAGGUACCGGAAAGACUGCUAUCUUGGAAGGGCUCGCCCAGCGGAUAGUACAGGGCGAUGUGCCCGAAAGUAUUAAGAACAAGAAAGUGGUGGCGCUUGAUUUAGGCUCUCUCAUCGCAGGAGCUAAAUUCCGGGGCGACUUUGAGGAAAGGUUGAAAGCCGUCUUGAAGGAAGUUGAAGACGCUGAGGGCAGUGUUAUUCUUUUCAUUGACGAGUUACACACAUUGCUUGGGUUAGGAAAGGCUGAAGGCAGCAUCGACGCAAGCAACUUGUUAAAACCCGCGCUAUCUCGCGGUGAGCUUCAAUGUUGCGGUGCGACAACUCUUAACGAAUAUCGUUUGAUUGAGAAAGACGUGGCCCUGGCCCGGCGCUUCCAACCUAUUCAAGUCAGCGAGCCCUCAGUGGCUUCCACCAUAUCUAUCCUACGUGGCAUAAAGAACAAAUACGAGGUUCACCAUGGAGUGAGAAUCACCGACGCCGCAAUCGUUGCCGCUGCUACAUACAGCAACCGCUACAUCACGGAUCGUUUCCUUCCGGACAAGGCUAUCGAUUUAGUAGAUGAGGCUGCCUCAGCACUUCGGCUACAACAAGAGUCCAAGCCAGAUUCCAUUCAGGAAUUGGACCGAGAAAUCACGACAAUCCAGAUCGAACUAGAAUCGCUUCGCAAAGAAACGGACGUCACAAGCAAAGAGCGUCGUGCUAAAUUAGAGGAAAUGCUUAAAGAAAAGCAACACGAGGUAUCGAAGCUUAUGGAAAUCUGGAACAAAGAGAAAGAAGAGAUCGAAAGCAUAAAACGCACGAAGGAGGAGCUGGAACAGUCACGUUUCGAGUUAGAAAAAGCGCAACGUGAAGGUAACUUUGCGAGAGCGGGUGAGCUUCGGUAUUCCGUCAUCCCAAGUCUCGAGGCCAAGCUACCGCAAGAGGGUGCCGAAAAUGAUGAUAAGGAUACUUUAAUUCACGACUCGGUUACAGCUGAUGAUAUUGCAAAUGUUGUAUCACGAACUACCGGUAUUCCGGUGAGCAAGCUGAUGUCUGGAGAGGUUGAGAAACUGAUACACAUGGAGGAUACACUGCGGCAGUCGGUACGUGGUCAAGACGAGGCGCUUUCGGCUGUGGCAAACGCUGUCCGGAUGCAGAGAGCGGGUUUGAGUGGUGAAAACAAGCCUUUGGCGUCGUUCAUGUUCCUUGGACCUACUGGUGUCGGCAAGACAGAGCUGUGCAAGAAGAUGGCUGGUUUCCUCUUCUCGACAGAAAGCGCGGUUUUGAGGUUCGAUAUGAGUGAGUUCCAGGAGAAGCACACUGUCAGCCGUUUGAUUGGAGCACCGGCUGGUUAUGUUGGGUACGACGAUGCCGGCCAGCUCACCGAAGCUGUUCGGAGAAAGCCCUACGCCAUCUUAUUGUUUGAUGAGUUUGAGAAAGCUCAUCGUGACAUAUCCACUCUCUUGCUGCAAGUCCUUGACGAAGGCUUUCUCACAGACUCCCAAGGCCACAAGGUCGAUUUCCGCAACACAAUCAUCGUCCUGACAUCCAACUUGGGCGCGGAUAUCUUGGUCGGCGCAGAUCCUCUGCACAAGCACAAACUUUCCGAUGAGGGAGAUGUUCCUCCUGAUAUCAAGAAGGCCGUUAUGGACGUUGUGCAGUCGUCUUAUCCACCAGAGUUCCUCAAUCGCAUUGAUGAAUUCAUCAUCUUUAAGAGAUUGUCCAAGGAUGCACUUCGGGAUAUCUUAAAUAUCCGGCUGAAAGAAUUGCAGGGGAGGUUAGACGACCGACGAAUGACACUGAAGGUGGACGACGAAACCAAGGAAUGGCUUUGUGAAAAGGGCUAUGACCCACGUUACGGAGCUCGCCCGCUUAAUCGACUUAUUGCGAAGGAAAUUGGAAACAAACUCGCGGACAAGAUCAUCAGGGGCGAGCUCACGGCUGGAAACACUGCUCGGGUGAAGUUCGAUCAGGAAAAGAAGGGCGUGGAAGUUGUUUCUGCCCAGUGA